AUGACAGCAACAAACAACAACAUCGACUUUAUCGUUUCUGAUGAAAAAGUUAUUGAUUCAUUAGUUGAGGAAUUAGUUGUGGCAGAAACUAAAACCCUCAACGAAAGAAUUGGUGAAAACAUGAUUGAUUUACAUAACUACCUCAAAUAUGAUGGAGGAAGAGGAAGGAAAACUGGUACAGCUUUAUUAGCAAAUAAAAUUUCAAAUUUAACGAUUAUAGAUGUUGAUAUCAAUAAAUCGUACAAUGAUGAACUUAAAGAAACAGUUAGAAAAGACAUUUUAUCAAAACUUUCAGAUAAAGAUGUUAUCGUUAAAACCGCUUCAGGAGGUCUUCACAUUUAUUGCAACACUAAUUUCUUCUAUUCAACCUCGAACAGAAUGAUUAAAUGUUAUUCUUGCAAUGAUUAUAAUAUUGAUAUCAUGACUUCAAUGGAUGAUUCAAAGCGUUCAUUAGUGGUUAUGGCUGAUUCAAGAGUUCGCAAGAAUGCAACAGAACCAAUCAAUACAUACUCAUUCAUUCGUGGAAGUUAUGAUUCAACAUUAACUAGAACAGUGAAUGAUAUAUUAAAUGAUUUGAAUAUUAAGGUAAGAGUUGAACAAAAGAAUGAAGAAAUAAAGAGUAUAAUGAAUGAAAACAAAGAUGUAAACAUUGACGAUAAACUUGCCCAGAGCAUAGUUGAUGGUAUUUGUGAUUUUGAAGUACAUAAUGACGGUGGAAACAUGAAUUUAGAAAAAGAAGUUACAUUAUUCACACUGUUUCAAGCUAUUAAUUCGUUACCGGAUCAUUUAAUUAAUGAAGCAUACGAUAACGUUUAUAACUUCUGCAGUUUAACAGAAAAUGCAAAAAGUAAUUUUGAAAAAGCACGUAGUAGAUAUGCACAUUUAAUGACUUCUCCAUUUGUUUUGGUGAAGAUUCUUAAACUUUAUCAAAAAGAAUAUUAUGAUGAAUACGUUUUACCUUUAUUAC